AUGCCGGCUGUCGUUGGCGGCCGCAGCUUGCAGCUCCGCCUCGCUGGUGCUGCGCUUGUUGCCGCCGCCGCCGCUGUUGUUGUAGUUGUGGGGGUCGUGGAGCCCAUUGCGGCCGCUGCCGCAGCGCCGGGCGCCCCGCUCGCCGAGGUCGCGUUUGCGGCGUAUAACCCCGGCAGCCGUGCCGCGAGUGGCGAGGAGGGCGGCGACUUCUGCUUCAUCUCGCACGGCUGCUGGGGCGGGAAGUCCCCGAGGCAGCAGCGACAGCGGGAGGUUGCGGCACUCAUCGCGCGGCUCAUCGAGGACGCCGCGGGACGGCGGGACGAGCGCAUUCGGUUUGUGGUGGCUGCCGGCGACAACUUCUACCCGCGCGGCGUGCGGAGCGUCCACGACGAGCGCUUCUUCACCACCUUCGAGGGGGUCUACGGCGGCGGUAGUGCGGCGGUGCGGCGGGUGCCGUGGCUGGUGGCGCUGGGGAACCACGACCACAGGGGCAACUGGUCGGCGCAGGUCAGCUACACGCACGCGGCGCGGGACCCGGCGGUGCACGCGCGACGCUGGUCCCACCUCACCUCCGACGCGGCGGCGGCGGUGACGGGCCGUUGGUACAUGCCGCACCCGUACUACGCGCUGAAGGUGAGCAGCGACAUGGUGGUUGUCGUGCUCGACACGGUUCUCCUGCACAGCUGCAACGCCCACCCAGCCACGUGCUGGGACGCCGGGAGGCAGAAGGCGGUGGUGGAGGAUUGGCUCCUGCGCAAGUAUGCCGCCGUGCCGUACAAGGUGGUCGUUGGGCACUACCCGGUUCUCUCCAAUGGGCCGCACGAGAACUUUCCUUGGCUGCAGAACUGGCUGACCCCGCUCCUGGCGAGGUCCUGCGCCUCUCUCUACAUUCAUGCGGACAAUCACUACCUGCAGGUUUCCAAGCGCGGUUUUCAGUACUACGCGAACAGCGGUGGGGGUGGUGGGGCCGGGCUGCAUUACCCGCUCAAGGGCAAGAGCUGGGUGCACAAGGCUAGCGUCUUUCAGUCGUUUGAGACUGGAGUCAUGCUGCAUUGCAAGAAGGGCCAUCGCCUCACGCAUCGAGUGCUGAGCAAAACUGGGGACGAACUCUUUAGCUUCGCCUCCUGGGACUCCGACGACGGCGCCUCCCUCGUGCAGUGCCUGGCGAGGCUGACCGCGGGGGACUCCUCGGGCCUCCAAAAGGACAGGGGCGACGGGCUGCUGAUGUGGCUCCCGGUGCUGGUCCUGCUGCCGCUGGUGUUUUUGGUCCUCGUGUCGGCGAAGCGGCGUUACCGCCUGCGCGGACGACGGCGCGCGUGA